GCAUGAUUACGAUCAAUGUUCGUUCAUCCCUUCAAUUUUCUGCCACCAUCGUCCCAAAACCAUUUCAAGACACUACACACACACACACACACCAACCCAAUCAAAUCUUCGUCUGAAUCCUCUUCUCUUUCUCGUUCACCGCAUCCCAAACUCCUCAGAUCCGUCGUCGAUUCGGUUUUCCCGCUUUCUAAUUUUUCGUUUUCCAUUUUCUCCCGGGAUGCGUGAGAAGUUCUUGCUCUGUCUGAUCUCGGCGUGAUUCUCACGUGACAUGGGUUUUGGAACCUGACGAGUGCAUGUAUGCGUGUGUGUGGUAGUGAAGGCGUGUUUUGAGUUUUCGUCGUCGGCGAAGAGAGAAUCAUGUUCUGGAGGGACCGUGAGAGGGAGAACAAGGAGUUGAACGGUGGGGUCCUUUGUGGCCAGGUCAGAGUCCUCGUUGUUGGUGAUUCAGGUGUUGGGAAGACUUCUUUAGUUAACCUGAUUGUAAAAGGUUCUCCAAUUGCUCGCCCUCCUCAAACAAUUGGUUGUUCAGUUGAUGUGAAGCAUAUUACUUAUGGAAAUUCAGGCAGCUCUUCCAGUAGCCUUAAAGGUGAUUCUGAGAGAGACUUCUUCGUUGAACUGUGGGAUGUUUCAGGACAUGAACGGUACAAAGAUUGCCGGUCCCUGUUUUAUUCACAGAUUAAUGGUGUAAUUUUUGUUCAUGAUCUUUCACAAAGAAGAACAAAGACUAGCUUGCAGAAGUGGGCAGCUGAGAUUGCUGCCACUGGGACAUUUUCAGCUCCUUUGGGAUCUGGUGGUCCUGGUGGCCUUCCUGUUCCUUAUAUUGUUAUUGGUAACAAAGCUGAUAUUGCUGCAAAAGAUGGUCCAAGAGGAAGCAGUGGGAAUCUUGUUGAUGUUGCACGCCAAUGGGUUGAGAAGCAGGGUUUGCUUCCUUCCAGUGAGGAGCUUCCUUUGACUGAGAGUUUUCCUAGUAAUGGGGGCCUUAUUGCUGCUGCCAAAGAAGCAAGGCAUGACAAGGAGGCUGUGGUGAAAUUUUUCCGCAAGUUGAUCAGGAGAAGAUAUUUCUCAGAUGAAAUACAAAUACCUUCACCAGCAUGGUCCAUUCCUUCUGUUCAGAGACAAGCUCAGCGUAUAGAUGAAAAUUUCACAGAAGAUGAUCAAUCUUAUAAUACAAGUGAUCCUUACAAGUAUAACAUGCUUCCCCCACUUCCAGCACAACGAAAUCUAACGCCGCCACCCACACUCUAUCCUCAACAGCCAGUUUCGGUGUCGGAAAACUAUAGUUUCCCUAGAUUUUCCUUGUCAGGCUCCUCAGAAAUCAGUACUGUGGCGAGAACAAAGCGAUCAGAUAUUAAUGUCUGAAGAUCUGUGUAUUUGAUUAUUAGUCAUUGUUAAUACAUGGAUGUAUUCUUGCAUGGAACAAAGAUAUAUGCUUGUUUAAAUUCUUUGUUCCUAUUGUAACUUGUCAAUUGAUUCAUUCGUUUUUAAGAGGCUUUCUCAGUAGACGGAGGAGCUACUUGUUCAAAGUUUGGGGAGAAUUUAAAUGAUACAUACUCGAUUCUUUUAUAUCAUACUUUUCUUUUCCUGCUA